CCCCGUGUGGUUUUGCUCUGUUUAUGUUUUUAUUAUGUUUCUGGAUUAGUCAAUGAUUGAUUUGUACGACGUGGUAGAUGCAUGAUAUAUGCUUCUGAACUUGGAUACUUAUCUACUGUAGUCGUAAAGUUGCAUGGAACGAAUCAAAGUACUGCGGAACCAUUUAAACGGAAAGGAAGACGCGUCUCGAGCGGCCAUGACCUCUAGCGGCGGCAGUCCGCUGACCACGCACGUGCUGGACACGUCGACGGGAACUCCGGCCGUGGACCUCCCCAUCACGCUGUACGUGCGCGACGGCGCGGGCAGGAAGGACGACGACGGCGGAGCGUGGAAGCGUCUCGCGGCCGGGAACACGAACUCGGAUGGGAAGCUUCCAGAUAUGCUCACCCAGGACCAGUUCCUGCCGGCAAUCUACAAAUUACACUUUAAUACGGCAGCCUACUUUGCGCAGUCCAAUACCAAGGGAUUCUUUCCCUACGUAGAGGUGGUGUUUGAGAUUGUCGAUCCGUACCAGCAUUACCACGUUCCGCUGCUGCUCAGCCCGUUCGGCUACACGACCUAUAGAGGGAGCUGAUGUUGUUGUCCACCGAUCCACCAUGAUCGUGACGAGGCGAAGGCGGUGGCGCGCUCUACGUAGCUAUAGAUCGUGUUACCUGCGAUGGCGGAUCGAGAGGGGUGGUUGAAAUCCCCUCCCCCCCCCGUUCAGCCACUGACUAAUGUUAUGAUACUAGUAAAAUGGGGGGCACCCUAGCACCUGAUCUGUCACGGUACAUGCAGUUCCCCAUCCCAAACACUAGCGGGCGAUUAACUACGGUUGAUAUAUAGUUUGUCUGGUAGACUGGUGAAUUAAAAAGUUCUGUGAUAGAUAUCAGUUAACUCCUUAGUUCUGUGAUAGUCCUCGGCUGAAUGAUCGAGUUAGAGACACGUAAUGAUGUAAAAUAUCUUGUCCGAUAAUUGAAAUGAAUAUUUUGAUUAUUAACGUGAAAUGCUGAUAAUGUCUUUCAAAGGCAACGACGUUUUCCUGGUGUGUUGCUAUAUAAUUGAUAAAUGGGUGCCUUUUAAAUCGUAACAUGGGUUGUGAUAGGGUUGUUAAUUGCUAAAUGAAAUGUAAAUUACCAAAUGUGUUAUUGGCAGCGAGCCUGGAUAAUAGUGAUCGAAUGCUUUUUCAUUGUACCUUUAAUCAAAGUUGAGCACAUUUUCGACAUUAUUAAGAGAAAGAUCUCGGUAAUGUAUCAAAUGAAAUACGUAAAUGACGUGCUAAUGUUUGGUAGUUGUAUUUGAUGUAAAAAAAUCAUUUUCAUAUUAAAAAUACACAUUUUUUUAGAGGAA